UGGAAACCGAAAGUUAACAAAAGGCGUUGGAAGCAGAAAACCUAAUUCAAUAUGACCCAGCGCACAAAAUUUAUUAUAAAUACUUCUGUGGAAUACUUUUCCGCCCGUUUGCCGGGCUCGGAGCUAGACGAGCAAACGGCCAUGAUUCUGGAGUUCCUGGAGCAGGAGGAGCACACUGUCAUCUCGGCUGUGCACAGUAAAUCCGAUGGCAAAAUCCGAUUCCACCAUCGCAUACCGAAUGAGGAGCUGUGCCUGCUGUUCUACAAGGUGCCGCAGGUGGGCCAAAAUCACAAGGAUGGUAAUAGUGAGCCACUGCUAGGCAUUUUAACCCUAGAAGGGGGCCUGGUCAAGUCGAUUUACAAUUCUGUUUCUCGAGUAUUCUCGCCCUCUGCCAACUCAGCCCGGCGCAGUGAAUAUGGACCCGAGUUGAGUGGAAUCCUGGAAAACUUGCACCAGAACUUGGGAUCCAGCUUGGGUUUACCACAGAGCGGUAUUACAAGUCUGCGGGACGAGAUAAAAUAUUGGAAACAAAAAUUGGGACAAAAGUAGUCUCGCUUGGACCGAGAGGCCGCUCAAGUUUUCAUUGGCGUUUUGGAAAAUAUCGAAAAACAAAUCAGCACCAUUGACGGGAAUAAUCCUAGUGGCACGAUAGAAGAGUUCCUCGACCAUGCCCACAACAAUCUAGAUGAAUUGUGGCGACUGCCCUACAAUUAUCCACAGCAACGGAUGUCGGAUCUCCUGGACAUCAUAGGAAAGCGGCUAUUGGAGGUUUGUUUAACCCAAUUGCUGGCCGAGGACAUUUGGAGUUUGAACUCCAGCCAUGUCAAUAAUCUAAUGGGUCAGAGCAUUGAUACGGUGGACGCCUGGAUACAGCUCUGCGACUCACUCACUCGACUCUUUUGGCCAAAUUAUGUAAAGCAUCCGUGGCUUGGAGAUCCAUAUGUGCCCAAAAGGGGACAGCAAUUUAAGGAACGACUCAGUGAGAUCCGGAAUAUUAAGCAGCUUUAUAAACAGAUUGCCACCUUACUCGAUGAUGCAGAGUUGCAGGAAAUGUUCCAGGAACAGGCUCCUUUCACGGACUUCAACAUCUUUGAUACGACGUCAUUGGGGCAAACUAAAUGGCACAAGGCAUUGCAGCACUUUGAACUGGUCCUUCAACCAAUUGAUGAACGAAUUGCUGCCGCUUUGAAGGGUCAAUUGCAUAACCACCUAAGUAAUCCACGUCAGGUGAUCUUCAUCUUUUCCAAGUAUGAGACUCUUAUCCAAAGACCUGCUGUUCUUGAAUUGCUGACCAUCGAAAGGGAGCAGUUUCUGCAAUCGCUGCAUAUCCUUUUGCAGGACUUACGCAAGGCGAUGGCGGAUUCGAAUAUGGAACCGGAUACGGGUCACUUGUCAGUGAUAUGCAACGAGUGCCGUUGGCUGAAGGUAGUUCAGCACCAGAUUCAGGAGAUCGAGAAGGUUAGCCAUUUGAUAAGUGGUCGCGAGGGCUUUGACAAGAUCAACAAGGCAGUGCAGGAAAUCAAAGAGGAAACUGAAUCCCUACUUCGCACUAACUUUGAGAUCUGGUCAGGACAGUGUUCCACAUCCGUCAAAAGCGGAGAGCUGCGACUUCGUGAUGAUCAAGCGGUUGUAAAAUUCGAAAAAGAAGGUCGUCAACUGAUGCGCGUAACUUUCAAUCCCAAGUUGGUGACCUUCUGCCAGGAUGUACGCGAGUUCGAGAAUCUCGGCUAUAAUGUUCCCCUUGAACUUCGAGCCGCUGCCACACAUGCAGCCAAAUAUAUGUGCUAUGCCCGCCGAUUGCAGCAGAUCGCCACAUUCCACAACACAAUUGGAGAUCGAAUGAUUCCCUGUCAGCGACCUAUUAUGCUGAAAAAUGCCUUGGAGCUGCAGCGUCUGGUCCAAAGCGAAACAGUCGCCUGGCAGGACGAAAAAUCCGUCCAGAAAUAUGUUGAUAUCCUGCAGGAAGCAGUUUCCAAACUCUCCACGGAUAAUACACUUCUUGUGGGAUAUCAUGAGCAGGCCAAGAGGACAGUCAUGAAACUUAUGUCCACCGAUCUUUUUACCCAAAACCAAAUUUGGAAAGACGAGCUGCGACAUCUCCGUGAACUGGUGGUUACUUUGGAACGUCAAGGAUAUACCCACUUGGAUGCUUUCAAGCUGCACUGGGAUCACCAGCUGUACAAAGUUCUGGAAUAUCAAUAUAUUCUUGGUUUACUCGAUAUGAACAACAAACUACCGGAUAUACAUGUAAAGCUGAUUCUGCGCCAGAGAGAACUUGUGUUUAGUCCGCCGGAAGAGGAAAUUCGUGAUUUGUACUUCAGUCAGCUGAGACGCUUUAUUGAGAGACCUUGUAAUUUCCAUGGAUUAUCGGAACACAGUCAGGAACUCUUCAAGUCCAUGGUCACUGUGAACCGUAAUCAUUUUGGACCCUUAUAUCAAAGAGCAACUGAAUUGUUUGACAAACUGGAGGAUUUCAAAACCAUUUGGUUGCCAUGGAUCGCCUUGGGUUGUGUGGACGUCGAGCAGCUUUGCGGAAUUCACCUUAAUGAAGCCGAUGAUUGGGAUCGCAAUUUUAGGUCCUGCAAGCACUUCAGUCAACAAUUUGCAAAGCUGCAGCAGGCGGAGGAAUCCAUCGAUUGCAUUGUGAUCAAUGUGCUGCCUUUGAGAUCUGAUAUCGAAUACAUCAGCAGACGUUAUUGGGAGUCUCUGGCGAAUAGUUUGAGAACAGCUAUCCUGACGGAUGUGAGUUCAAUCCAGGAAUUCCUGCAGAGCGCCCUGCAGUUUCUUCAAAACGUGCCCAUGGAUGAGGGCAGCAUUAGCCAAUCGGGAAUGAAGUACGAAAAGAUAAUGAGUGAGCUACCGCAUAUCGAGAAAACUUUGGAGGCGGUAAGGGAAAAGGAUGCCUGUCUGGCAGGUUGGUGCAAGGAAAGGGUCACCGCUCUCACCGGAAUCGUGCAACAAUGGGAACAACUGCACCCUCUUCUGGAUAAUCAUGCUGUGAUUCUCCAACGACAAGUAGACAUAAUCAAAAAUCAGGCCGAGACGCAAUUGCAAAAUCUCAAAAACGAAGCAGAAAAAUUUUUGCUCAGAUGGGAAUCCACAAUAUCUGAACUGGAGGCCAAUGAGAAUUCUACUUUGGAGGUCUUCAAGGAACGCAGACAGCACUGGAAACAACUGCAGGAGAAAAAGAAGAGUUUGCUGGAGGAGUGCUCCAAGUUUAACAUGGAAUUCCCAUCAGAAAUGCUUAAUCCCUUCAUAGAAAUAGAUGAGCAAAUGGAGCAGCAAUCACUGCAAUGGCAGGUCUAUGAUAGUUUUCUCACUGAACUGCAGCCAAUUCUUCAGGAGGAAUGGGCCAUUUACAGGCGACGUCCUUAUGUCCUGAAUGAGUUUAUUGGCAAGUGGGAGAGUUCCGUUCAUGCCUCGAUUGAUUUGCCCUCCAAAAGAAUCCGGCAGCAGGUGGAGCGCAUUCAGUCGGCAUUGCCAAUUCUUCAACAACUUCAAUCGGAUUCUUUGAGUGAACGCCACUGGGCUAGGAUAUUUCAGCUUCUUAAACACAAGGAUCCCAAGCCACUGCAUUCUAUUCUCCUUCAGGAUAUCUUACAGGAUUUCGAUGUCCUUCAAUCGGCUGCUCAAGAGAUCAGCAGUAUAGUCAGACAAGCUUCUAGUGAACAAAUUGUGCGACAGGCACUGGUGGAACUCGAUCAGUGGUCAGUCACGGCCCAAUUGAAAUUGAUCACUAGAACGGAUGCUUCUGGCCAGAGUGUUUCCCUGAUCAAGGACUACCAGGAGGUGCUGAACAAGAUAGGGGAUAAUCAGUCCCUGUUGCAAUCCGCCAAGAACUCCGCUGCUUUCGAUAGCUUUUCUGAUCAGGCUGAGCUUUGGGAGAGUCGUUUAAACACAUUAGAUGCACUUCUAAGUAGCUUAAAUCAUUCCCAAAGACGUUGGGUGUACUUAGAGCCAGUCUUUGGAUCUGGAACCCUGCAACAGGAACAGGCACUAUUUAAGCGCAUCGACAAAGACUUUCGUUUCGUGAUGCGGGAAAUCGAAAUGGACCCGCGAGUCACUUCUCUGACAAAGAUUAAUAACAUUACCACCAUCGUCAAUGCACUGGAGACCCAAUUGGCCAGGUGCCAGCAAAACCUGAUGAGCUACAUAACCGAUAAACGCAACUCCUUCCCCCGCUUCUACUUCCUGGGCGAUGAUGAUCUACUCGAGCUGCUUGGACAGGCCAGCAAGGAUGCAGAUGUCAUCCAAAGGCAUAUCCGUAAACUGUUCCCCGGCUGCCAAAGCCUGAGCAUCCGGCAGGUGGCUUCUAAUCCUACCUCCGAUAUUAAUCAGUACAGCAUUAUAUCCGUGCACAGUGCCGAAGGCGAUGAGCUCAAGCUAAACCAGCCCGUGGAGAUGAAGGGCGACAUCGAGAGGUGGCUAAAUCAUUUAGUGGCAGUAGUGCAGGAUACUCUGCGUGAUCAAAUUUACGAGUGCUACACCAACACCACCGGCGGAAGUGAUAACCUUGGGGAGAACAUCCUUAAGACCUAUGCCAGCCAGGUGUUGGCCACAUCCAGGGCGCUUCACUUCACUCGCCAGGCGGAACAGGCCAUUGGUGGCAUGACGUUGGGAAAACUGCAGCAGCAGCUAAAGGAUGAAAUCACCCACCUGGCUGCCCUGAAACACAAAUCCCAAAACGGAACGCUGAUCAGCCUCAAACUAAGAGCCCUUCUUCUGGACUUAGUACACUACUCCGGGGUGGUGGAGCAGCUUCAGAAACACAAUGUGGUCCACACCAGCGAUUGGCACUGGCUGUGUCAACUCAGAUAUUACCUUGGGAAAAUGGGUGGCACAUCGGGCGGAGUUAAUACCAAUCGACAAGUUUGCGUCCGCAUGGUUUAUGCCGAAUUCGAAUACGCCUACGAGUUUCUAGGCCAGGCCAGCAAGUUGGUGCACACGCGGCUCACCCACCGUUGCUAUCUCAUCCUCACGCAGGCUAUGCACAUGGGCCUGGGCGGUAAUCCCUUUGGCCCGGCUGGCACGGGGAAGACGGAGUGCGUCAAGGCCUUGGGGGCCAUGCUGGGUCGUUUGGUGUUGGUUUUCAAUUGCGACGAGAAUGUGGACGCCGAAUCGAUGAGCCUCAUCCUCACUGGCUUGGCACGCUGCGGGGCAUGGGGCUGCUUUGACGAGUUCAACCGACUACAGGAGGCCACUCUUUCGUCCAUCUCCAUGCUGAUUCAACCCAUCCAGAGCGCCCUGAAGGAAAGAGCCAAUAGCGUCCAGAUUGGUGAACGACAGGUCCAGCUUAAUCAACACUGCGGCAUCUUUGUAACCCUGAAUCCGGCCGGAGGCGAGUACGGUGGUCGCCAAAAGCUUCCCGGCAACAUCCAGGCCCUAUUCCGACCCAUUGUGAUGCAGCAGCCGGAGCCUGGGGAAAUCGCCCGGGUUAUGCUCUUCGUCGAAGGUUUUUCCGAGGCCUCUGCCAUUGCAUCCCGCAUUGUAGAGCUGUUCGAUUUGUGUGGCAAGAUGCUAUCUGCCCAGAGGCAUUACGAUUGGGGACUUCGGGAACUGAAGACUGUACUGCUGGUAUGCGGGGAGGGUUUGAGGGGACAAUUAACCAGUGAGGAAAACAACCAGACUACUGCUAACGAGGAGAUGUCGGUGGUGGUUCGCUGUUUGCGUUCAUCCACCAUGUCCAAGCUGGCCCCCCACGAUGUCACUCGAUUUGAGAUGCUGCUCCGAAAUGUUUUCCCCGAGAUUGGCAGCUCACCCGCGCCAGAAACUCUGCUCCAUCAAUCUCUAUCCGCCGCUUUUGCGCAACUGGGACUCUGUCGAAGUGAGAGGCAAAUUGAAAAGGCUUUGCAACUGCACGAACAGCUUCAAAAACGGAUGGGAGUGGUAUUAGUGGGACCACCAGGAUGUGGAAAGUCCACUAUCAUGGCGCUCCUUAAACAAGCUCUGAGUGGAUCCCAACUAAAAGUGCACACCAUCAGUCCGAAGUCCAUGAGUCGGAUUCAAUUGCUGGGACGUCUGGAUGCCGAUACUCGUCAAUGGCAGGACGGUGUACUCACCCACACAGCGGUGGCAGUCAAUCAAGAGCCAUCGCAAAUCCACUCGUGGAUCGUGUGCGACGGAAGCAUCGAUCCAGAAUGGAUAGAGGCACUCAACUCGGUUCUAGACGAUAACAAGCUCUUAACUUUGCCAUCGGGCUGGAGGAUUCAAUUCGGAAGUAACGUCAACUUUAUUUUCGAAACAGACGAUUUGAGGCACGCCUCACCGGCAACAAUUUCUAGGAUGGGGAUUGUCAACAUGAGCUAUGACUACUAUCCAGCUGAGGAGAUACUUAAACAUGAGCUGUCAAAGGAACCCUAUGGUGAUCUGUUGCAGAAUUACGUAGAUGGCAAUUUUCAAUAUGCCGUGGAUUGGCUCGAAAGUCAACUUUUGUUAAGUCAUCUACCCGGUAUAAAUCGUGUCCAUCUCCUGCGUUCCUUGUUAUUACAACUCCGUGGUUCCCAAUCUCUAGAGGAAUAUGGAGCAGCGACUCUUCGUGCUCUAUUUGGUUACAUACCCAACGCUCUGCAGAAAGAGUUUGCCCAACUGAUACUAAAGCGCGCCAAUCUUUACAUAGCCAACCUCAACUACGCGGAGCUAACAUAUUAUGAUGCCCGGAAAAAUUCCCUGGAACAAUAUCCUGUAGAUGCGAUGGAAGUAUCAGAAAAAGGCUCUCAAUUAAUAAUAACAUCUUAUAUGAAAUCAUAUUUGGACAUACUAGAAACCCUGCUGAAACCGCAGGGAAAUGUAAUCUCACCCUUUCUGUUAAUUGGUCCAAGUGGAUCUGGCAAAACACUACUGAUCCAAAGAGCAGUGCUAGAUAACUCUGGCUAUCAAUUAGCUACCAUAAACUGUUCCACCCAACUAACUCCUAGCUAUAUUUUACACACAUUGAAAACGCACUGCGUCACAGUGAGUGGAAUCAAAGGCAGAGAGUUUCGUCCAAAGCAAGCCAGAUUAGUGCUCUUCAUGAAAAACUUGGAUCUCUGCCAACAGGAUUCUUGGGGAGCUUGUGAAGUGGUAGAACUACUACUCCAGUUGGCACAACGCGGAGGCUUUUACGCCGAGAAUCUCGAAUGGAUAGGGGUGAGUGGGUUGCAAAUAUGUGCCUCCAUUAGCGGAAAUCCUGGGAAAAUAGCACCGCGCUACUUUGCCAUCAAUCAGUUUUUGCGAGUUUCCCGGCCCACAAGCCAGGAUAUGCUAGAAAUUGUCCAGCGGCGAUUGGAAUCACUUUUGGAAGAGCACUUCAGGAGCACGAGAAAUCGAGGAGGGUCCGGGGUAAAUUUGCAGCACGUCAGCGAAAGCCUGAUGGAGUGCUUCGAGAAGCUCCAGGCGACUUUUACCACCGUGGGAGGCAGGCAGGCCCACUACCAGUUCAGUCCCAAAUGCAUCAUGAAGCUGCUGGACACUCUCGUCUUUUACCCCGCCAAUGAUUUUACUGAGGCUCUCUACUGCGAGCUUUUAGGCAUGUUCCGCGAUAGAUUGAUUAGCGAAGAGCAUGUCCAGCAAUUCGAGGCGAUACUCAAGCAAACGAUGCGCAAGUACUACGGCAAAGAGAAAGUGUUUUUCGUGCCUAAGUCUCAAAAGUCGCGGGGUCAACUGCAUUGCCUAACCCAUGACGAGUGGCUUGAGGAAGUUCAGCGUCAAGUGACUAUUUGCAAUGCCGAAAGCUACAGCAUAACUGCACCCAUCACAGAGGAACUUCUGAACAACACUGCUAGAAUAACCAGAGUUCUAUCACGAACCGAUGCCCACAUGCUUAUUUUGAAUCAAUCUGGUGGAAGACACCUGGACGCCAUAUACACGGCGGCUACGUUGCAGGAGGCUAAGGUGAUAACUUUGCAAGGGGGUCCCUCCUACGACCUUCCCGAAUUCUAUAACGAUCUUAAGGUGGCCAUGCAAACGGCUGCCUUGGAACAGCAGAUGAGUUAUCUUCUCAUCGAACAUUGUUGGCUGAGUUAUGUGCCAGAUAUUUUGAAGCCCAUUGAAGCCCUGCUAGAGGGAAGCGAAAUUCUUGAGCUUUUUGGCGAUGAUCUUGAAACCGUGGCCAGUACCCUAAAGCAGGCGGCACAGCUCGAGGGAUAUCAAGAAUCUUUGGGGGCAUACUUUAUGAAACGUGCCCGUGAGUACCUCCACAUCAUCCUCGUUUUGGAUCCCAAUAGUGCCACAGUACAGGAGUAUUUCAACAACUUUCCUGCCUUGCAUCGUCAAAUGGAUUUACUUUACGUGAGAGGAGAAUCGAGGGAAACCCUUGCUAUUCUACCCAAGCAAUACAUAGAAUUGCUUAACGAGUCCGUGGGAAGUGGGCGUGGCAAAGUGCCCGCUUGCAGUCACUUUGCAGACAUAUCGGAUGAACUACCCUCAGAUGAACCAUCCCAAAGAUACUACCAACUUAUCCGUAGUUACUUCCACAUCUACAGCAAUGCAGCCAAUGAAAUCGAUCAGAGAUUGGGAAAACUACAAAUGGGUGUUGAUAAACUGGCUUCGGCGCACGCUUUGGUGGAUACCCUAAAAUCCAAUGCAGCUGCACAGGAGCAGGCAUUGGGUGAAAAGCGACAAUUGGCCAACGAAGCUCUGGAAAUGAUUUCGUCAACAAUGAGAAAUGCCAAUGAACAGAAGUCUAGUAUGUUGGAACUGAAACAACAAACUCAAAAGAGCAGCGAACAAUUGAAGGUUCGUCAAAAGGAAAUCCAACAGGAAUUGGCAGAAGUGGAACCAAUACUGGCCGAGGCCAGUAAUGCAGUGGGCCAAAUAAAAUCGGAAGCUCUAUCCGAAAUCAGAUCGUUACGUGCUCCUCCAGAGACUGUUCGGGAUAUUCUGGAAGGUGUGCUUCGAUUAAUGGGCAUACGAGAUACAUCCUGGAACAGCAUGAAAACAUUUCUGGCCAAAAGGGGCGUUAAAGAGGAUAUAAGAUCUUUGGAUCCAGCUCGGAUUAGCCCGGAAAAUUGCGAAGCCGUUGAAAGAUUACUCCUGGCAAAAGGUGAUUCCUACGAGUCCAAAAACGCCAAGCGUGCUUCAGCAGCAGCUGCUCCCCUUGCUGCUUGGGUGCAGGCUAGUGUUCGAUAUUCCAGAGUGAUCCAGAGUAUCAAGCCCCUCGAAAGGGAACAGAAUGAAUUGCAGAAAAAUCUGAAUGCAGCCGAAGACGAAAUGCAGGAGUUGGCCAGUGGAUUGGACGACGUGGAUAAAAGGGUUAAGCAGCUAUCGACCAAACUACAAACUUAUACCCAAGAAGCAGCUGUUUUGGAGCUAAGACUCCAGGAGGCCAGUGGAACCUUGCAGGCUGCAGAACUUUUGGUCGGAAAACUAAGUGCAGAAUAUGCUACCUGGAGUGGACAGUUGGCGGAGCUUAAAAAAGCACACAAAACACUGGAUGCAAAGACUCUUUUGAUAGCCAUGGCUGUUAACUACUAUGCCGGAUUGGGCCUGGAAGAGAGAAGCUCCUCAAUCAAACGUCUGGCGGCAGACUUUCAUCUGUCCUCCAACUUCGAUCUUCGGGGAUCCCUGCUCACGGAGCAACAGCAGAUUAUUUGGGAGAGCCAGGGCUUGGCCCGAGAUGCACAAAUCAUUGAAAGUGCUGCUCUUCUCAGAGAAAUGCUAUCCCUACCCUAUGGAGCAUGUCCUAUUCCUCUGCUUUUGGAUCCCACACAGACAGCAGCCGAGUGGUUAAUGGCCCAUCUCAAAGGAAACGGAAAACCCUGCGAGUUAACCACCCACGGUAACGAGAGGCUAUCCUAUCAGUUAGAACUAGCAGUUCGGUUUGGAAAGACUCUUCUGGUGACAGACUGCGAGCAACUGCGUCCCCCUAUCCUGCAACUACUCCAGGGUCAUAUUUAUGUAAGAUUUAACAAGCGACAAUUAGCUAUUGGCACAAAGUUGGUGGAUCUUCAUGAGAGUUUCCAAUUGGUAUUGAUAAGUAAAUCCCAUCGUUUGGAUUUACCUGAAGAGCAGAGAAGUCAACUUAAUCUUCUGAGAUUUACGGUAACAGCAGCUGGAUUAGCCGAUCAAUUAAUGUCCAAGGCGAUUGUGUUGAAAAAUGCCGAGUUGGAGCAGCAGAGGAUAGAGCUCCUACAAAAGGAGGGAGAUCUUCUUAAGAAGCGAAUGGACAUGCAAGAUAAGCUCUUGGAGGAACUUUCUAAAUCAGAAGGAGAUAUCCUCCGAAAUGAGAAACUUUUGGCCAGCUUAAAUGAGGUUAAGCAAAGCAGCGCCCAAAUAGAUGAGGCCCUUAAGCAAAGUGGCCAUAUAAAGGAUACUCUACUUGCCGAAUUCGGUUCUCUUCGGGAACUUUGCUCGAAGGCCUCCGCAUUUUAUGCAGGUCUAAUACAGGGUUAUGAACUAUCGGCCUUAGUUUACAUAGAAUUAUUUUUGGGAGCUCUUUCCAAGAAUCAGCGAGAGGAGUCUAAGGUCUACGAAUUACUAGUGAGAAGUGUUUACAUGAAUUUAGCAAGAGCUACUUCCAGAGAUGGUCAGUUAUCAUUAUCCUUGUGGGUUUGUCAUCAGGCAUAUCCCGAUAGACUCAACCCCAAAGAGUGGGAGUUGUUUGUGAACAAUUUCAUGGGUAGUUCAGAUGGCAGUAUGAUUUUGAGCCAGCUGGGAAGACUACCCGAUUGCAUGCCCAAGGAGGCACAAUUAAAACUGGCCAUGCUGGUACAAUUGUUCCCGGAUUUACGAAGCAAACUCCAGUUGGAAAAGGACUAUAUUUGGCGGGGAUUCAUUGAGGCUCAAUCGGAUGAUAUCCUGCCUACCUUGGGAUCCAGUUUUCAACGUGUGCUUAUUGCCCAAAUUUUUCGACCCGACUUGAUGCUCCAUCAACUGAGAAAAGUGAGCAGUGAUCUACUGGGAAUUUCUUCAGAUGCAUCCACACAGCCUUCUGUGGAGCAGUUGCUGCAACAGAGCAGCUGCGAUCGACCUAUUCUGAUGAUUAGUCAGGCAGAAAAUGAUCCCACAACCGAACUGAGAAAGUGGGCCAAUCAAAAGUACAAAGAAAUGGCCAUUGGUAAGGGCGCAGAGAAGCGAGUUCUCGCGGAAAUGCGACAGGCUGCCAUUGAUGGUCACUGGUUGUGUGUGAAGAAUGUCCAUUUGGUGCCGCAAUUCCUAACUCAAAUAGAAAGGGAACUGAGUGAAAUUAAAAAGUCCAAGGACUUUCGAUUGUGGCUGUUGUGUGAGUCUACUGAAGGAUUUUCCGAGGCUGCCGUUUUUAAGUGCCUGAAAGUACGAUAUGAACAGCCCAAAGGACUCAAGCUAAUUGUGUUGCGUUUGCUUCAGAACUACGCAGCUGAACAGGAUCAGAGCUUCAAAAACCAACCAAAGAGUCUCAAGAUGAGACUGGUUUACUUUAUCCUAACCGCUGUACUCCAACAAAGGCGUCAAUUCAUACCGCAAGGCUGGUCCAAAUACUAUGAAUUUGGUGAAGCGGAUCUAAAGGCGGCAAUGGGUAUCCUUAAGUGGUUGGACCAGCAAUUAAAUUCUGGAAAAUGCGAUUGGCUGCUUUUACAACGUCUAAGUGAAGCUCUGGCUUUUGGUGGAAGAGUCAAUAACCUAAGGGACUUGGAGAUACUCAGAAUCUAUCUAAAUCAAUUCUGCUCAGCAGAUGUUUUAAGCAGUCGCUGGUCUCCUUUAGGACUCUCCCUAUCCAUACCGACUAGUAGUCAACUGCAGGACUAUUAUGCCACAUUGGAAAAGCUUCCUGAACACGACGAACCCAGUAUGUAUGGUUUGGCCAAUCAGGCACAACAACAACGUGAGAUUGAACAGGCUAAAAAAGUGAUAAAGGAACUAAGGGGAUUGCACUAUGGUAGGGUAUCAGCUGGAGGUUCGGGUGGUACAGGAAAAUCUAGGGGAAGUGAUCAGCUAACUGAUCGCCAAAAGUUGGAGCAGCAAAUUAAACCUCUAUUAAAUCUGUGGAGGAAAUUAGCUGGGUCGUGUACCAUAAUUCAAACAGCUAAGGAGGUGAAAGCCAAUUCUGGGGAAUCCCCUUGGUCACUUUUUGUGCUGGCUGAACUGAAAGUUGGUGCUGACCUAUACGGCACUGUUCACCAGACCUUAUCCCAAAUGCAUGCUUGGCUCAAGGACUCACAGGACGUGGAUGGCAAUUCUCUGAGAGCUCUGGCAGAGCAGCAGAUCCCAGCCAGUUGGUUGAAGCUAUGGAGCGGACCUGGCAGUAACAGUGCCGUGGACUUUUUAAGAGCCCUCAUUAUUCGAGCUCAAGCUGCCGAACUGCGAUUUCGGGAGCAACGGAAUCUGGAAUUUGGAGAGGAAAUCAACCUCGUCCAGGUCUUUAACUGUGAAAACCUUCUGGCCUGUUUGAAAUUGCUGCAAUCACGAAAGUUGGCUGUUUCCACCGAAAGGUUAGAGCUGCGGACUUGUGGGCCAUUAAAUUCGGAUGCAGAUUCCUCAGAUGUAAUACUAAAGCUGGCGCCUUUGAAGAUUGAUGGCGCCAAAAGUGGAAUGGAUAAAUCGAACCCCUUUUACAUCAGCUACAAGAUAAAGGAAGAGGCUAGUCAAUCUACUACCAACCCUUCAAAAUAUGGUAAAAAUUCGUUAUAUCCUAAACAAAAGAACGAAACGAAUCCCAAAUUGCCCUUAUAUUCUCGGAGCUCUCGGGACAAGUUGAUUUGCCAUCUAAAUGUUGAUAAUGUAACGGGCACCUCAGAGCAGAUUCUCCUGGCUGGAACAGCUUUAAUCGUUGAAGAUUACUAAGGAUCUAAUA